AUGAACAACGCUUUUUAUCGUCCCGAGCAGACCCCUGACCCCUGGGUUAUCACCCCGAACGCUGAUGGAGCUCUGCCCGGGGAUCUGCCCCUUACCAUGCCCCGCCGAGCAGUCAACUCGGCUACCGUCGUCAUCACAAAGCAGGUCAAUCCAGACGUCUUCGUCCAGCUUGCUAGGUCUGCAAGACUCUUUCUGACGUGGGGAUCUCGACUUGCGGUCUUAACCGAGGGCAAGAGCACGCUUCUGCACCGCUGGGCAUGCAACUUAAGCGGAACCGACGUGAUCGACCACCUCAACGGAAACCAGUUCGACAACAGGAGGUCCAACCCUGCGAUCAGAAACCGGUCUCCAAACUAG